AUGAACUUGAGCAAUCCCAUCGACGAACUACGAAGGAUUCAAAGCUCGCCGCCAGGAACUCCAGCGCAAGCCAUGUCAACUCGCCAAGUCUACUUCGAAGGCCGCGGCUGGACCGAAGUUGGAGUAUACUACAUGGAUAUGCUCCAUGUCGGAGCCCGGAUCCUCGGACCUGCUGUGAUAGCCGACAAAACUCAGACUGUGGUACUUGACUCUACAAGCGAAGCUAUCCUGUUAUCUGAGCAUCUAAUUCUUGAUGUCCAGGAUACGUCGAAGCAGCAGCUCCCUGAUAAUAUUGUGGAUCACGUCCGGCUGAGUGUCUUUGGUCAUCGUUUCAUGAGUGUUGCUGAGCAGAUGGGUCAGACUAUGCAAAAGACCUCAGUCUCUGUCAACAUCAAAGAAAGGUUAGACUUCUCCUGUGCAGUCUUCUCGUCAGAUGGUGGACUAGUGGCCAAUGCACCUCACAUUCCGGGCCACUUAGGUUCCAUGAGUUAUGCAAUCGCCUAUCCAGCACGACUCUAUAAGCCGGGUGAACUGAAACCGGGAGAUGUCCUGCUCAGCAAUCACCCUUGUUCAGGUGGGGCGCACUUGCCGGAUCUAACGGUAAUCACACCAGUAUUUGACAACGAAAGUAAUCCGACUGAGAUUCUCCUUUUCGUUGCCAAUCGAGGACAUCAUGCUGACAUUGGCGGUACCCAACCUGGGUCUAUGCCUCCUAAUUCAACAGAACUCUGGCAGGAAGGAGCGGCGAUCGAGUCAUUCAAGCUGGUCAAAGAGGGCGUCUUUGAUGAAGAAGGUUUGAUCGACAUUCUCUACGAGAUCCCCGGUUCUUAUCCUGGUUGCAGCGGCACUCGAACGCUACGCGACAAUAUCGCCGACCUCAAAGCAGCUAUAUCUUCCAACAAGCGUGGUAUCCAGCUCAUCAAUGCUCUAAUACAGGAGGACACGUGGCCUGUGGUCAAGUUCUACAUGGACGCGAUACAGAACAAUGCGACUGGCAAAGUUAUCAAAGGAUUUGGGAAUUAUGAGACUAUAGCCGACCCCGAGAUCUGCGAAAGGAGAUAUCCGGUCCUCCUGCAGGAGUUUUCGAUCCGUGCCAACAGUGGAGGAGGUGGUCUACACCACGGCGGCGAGGGGUGCAUACGGGACAUUGAAUUUCGGCGACCCAUGCAAGUUUCCGUACUGUCAGAGCGGCGAGUCAUCCCGCCUUAUGGCAUGGCUGGAGGAAGUGAAGGCAAGAGAGGAGUUAAUCUUUGGAUUCGCAAAGAUCCCGAGGAUGGGACGUGUCGGACAAUCAGCUUGGGAGGCAAGGCAACGACCUUUAUGAACGCAGGUGACAGGAUCAUUGUGAUGACUCCUGGUGGGGGCGGGUACGGAGAGGAUCCCAAUGCAACCCCUUGCCGGCAAAUAGUUGGUGCAUCCGCAUCGGCGACAAGUUUGCUGGCAUACAUGGUCCAAUCCGUGCUCAGGGAAGCGUUGCUGAAAGAAAUGCGACUGCGACGGGCAAUUGACGCAGGCAUGUUAGACACGUCCAGUCUCUCGCGAACCAUAGCCUAUGAUGAGGAUGGCAGGCAUCAGAGUACUCCAUCUGUAUCGAACCUUCCAUUGCACUAG